AUACAGGAAAAGAAUGCGAACAGACCAUGUAGCUGAUAUGGAUGAAGAGGCUCAACUUGCGGCAGCUAUUAAAGCAUCCUUGGUGGAAACUCUGGCAGCUUCAAACCCACAAGAAGAGGAGGAUGAUAUCAGUUUAGGAGGGUGGGAGGAUGAGUCGGAUUCUAAUCUUCUACCUGGAUCCAACCCUGUCAAUGGCAGGUUAGAAGACACCGGAUCCAACCCUGUCAAUGGUAGGUUAGAAGGAACCGGAGAACCGGAGAAAGGAGAACCCUGCAAGGCUGUGAAUGGUGGAGGAGAUGAGUCCUGGAAGAAGUAUCUCGGAUCAACAGACGAUCCAUUAACAAGCAUUUUAAUACGAUUUCCUGAUGGUUCAAAAGAUCCUUGGAAUCCGCCUGCCACCAGCAAACUUAAGGCGCUGGUACUGUUUGUAGGUUCCAAAGGGUUUGAUCUGGAAGACCACGAGAUAGUCACAAACUUUCCUAGAAGAGUAAUCUCAGAGCUUGACCAGGAAAUGAGUCUUAAAGAUCAUCAGUUAUUUCCGAGGGAAACUGUGUUUGUUCAGCUGAAGGAUAAUUGAUCAAUUGAUCAAUUGAUCAAUUGAACUGAUCUUCAUUUCAACUCAUUAAUCAACAUGAUCAAACCUGGAAUCCUAAACAGCAGAACAAAUCUCAAGAUUUCAAACAUCAAUAUAUUAUCAUAGUUCUGUGAAAAACUGUUUGUGGGGAUUUUUCAAAACAUUUUUUCUUGAAGUAUGAUUAAAAAUCAGAGAAGAACGUGAAUAUAAGAUUUUAAAAAAAUCUUUACUGAGUUGUCUUGACCGCAGAAAACUUAACAACAUAUUAUUUUUCCUUGUUGACUUAAUUCCAUUUAAACAAUUAAGAUUUGUUUAUGUAUUUUUAAGCUUCACCUAUUGGGAUGGAUCAAAACCAGAAUUUAAAGAGUUCAACAUUUUUAUUUUUGUACGAUAUUUUACUUCCAUUACCAGUACAAUGUACUCAGAGUAACAUUAUCUAAAUUGUUAAUUUAAAGAACAUUUUGAAAUCAUGUCACUAUUACAGA